GUGAGGGGCCGCUGUCCCCGGGCGGGGAGGAGUGGCCGGCCAUGAAUGCAGUGACCUAUGACGAUGUGCAUGUUGACUUCACUUGGGAAGAGUGGGCUUUGCUGGAUCCUUCCCAGAAGCGUCUCUACAAAGAUGUGAUGUUGGAGACCUACGGGAACCUCACUGCUAUAGGUUACAAAUGGAAAGAUCAUCAUAUUGAAGAACAUUGUGAAAGUUCUAGAAGACAUGGAAGGCAUGGAAGAAGUCAUACUGGAGAGAAACCAUCUGAAUAUGCUCAAAGUGUUAAUUCCUAUGCAUAUCAUAGUCAUCUUCAAAGGCAUGAAAGAAUCCAUACUCGAGAGAAACCCUAUGGAUGUAAUCAAUGUGGUAAAACCUUUUCACAACACUGGUAUCUCCAAAUACAUAAAAGAGCACAUACUGGAGAGAAACCCUAUGAAUGUAAUCAAUGUGGGAAAGCCUUUGCAUGCAACAGUAGUCUCCAAAAACAUAAAAGAACACAUACUGGAGAGAAACCCUAUGAAUGUAAUCAAUGUGGUAAAGCCUUUGUAUGUCACAAUUAUCUCCAAAUCCAUAAAAGAAAACAUACUGGAGAGAAACCCUAUGAAUGUAAUCAAUGUGGUAAAGCCUUUACACGUCAUUCUAUUCUCCAAAUCCAUAAAAGAACACAUACUGGAGAGAAACCCUAUGAAUGUAAUCAAUGUGGUAAAGCCUUUACACAUCACUCUAGUCUCCGAAUACAUAAAAGGACACAUACUGGAGAGAAACCCUAUGAAUGUAAUCAGUGUGGGAAAUUCUUUAUACUUCACUCUGUUCUCCAAAUCCAUAAAAGAACACAUACUGGAGAGAAACCCUAUGAAUGUAACCAAUGUGGGAAAGCCUUUGCAUAUCACAAUUAUCUACAAAUCCAUAAAAGAACACAUACUGGCGAGAAACCUUAUGAAUGUAAUCAAUGUGGGAAAGCCUUUCCAGGUCCCAGUCAUCUUCAAAUGCAUGAAAAAACACAUACUGGUGAGAAACCCUAUGGAUGUAAUCAAUGUGGGAAAGCCUUUGCAUCAAACAGUAGUCUCCAAAUCCAUAAAAGAACACAUACUGGUGAGAAACCCUAUGAAUGCAAUCAAUGUGGUAAAGCCUUUGCACGUCAUAGUUAUCUCCAAAUCCAUAAAAGAACACAUACUGGUGAGAAACCCUAUGAGUGUAAUCAAUGUGGUAAAGCCUUUGCAUGUACUGUUACUCUCCGAAAACAUAAAAGAACACAUACUGGAGAGAAACCCUAUGAAUGUAAUCAGUGUGGUAAAGCCUUUGCACAGCAAAGUCAUCUUCAAAGACAUAAAAGCACACAUACUGGAGAGAAACCCUAUGAAUGUAAUCAGUGUGGUAUAGCCUUUUCACAACCCGCAUAUCUUCAAAUACAUAAAAGAACACAUACUGGCGAGAAACCCUAUGAAUGUAAUCAAUGUGGAAAAGCCUUUGCAUGUCACAGGAGUCUCCAAAUCCAUCAAAGAACACAUACUGGUGAGAAACCAUAUAAAUGUAAUCAAUGUGGUAAAGCCUUUGCAUAUCACAAUUAUCUCCAAAUCCAUAAAAGAACACAUACUGGAGAGAAACCUUAUGAAUGUAAUCAGUGUGGUAAAGCCUUUGCACAACAAGGUCAUCUUCAGAGGCAUACUAGAACACACAAUGGUGGGACCUCUUCCCCUUUCCCUGGUUUUGGGACACCCCUCUCCCACCUGCCAGGACUGUGGACCUGGGAAUUUCAGAUGUACACCUAAAAGAAAAGUGUACACCCCCUAAAAUUCCUUAACUCCAUUUUCUGCCCAUUACUGUACAUUUUUUUCUAGCAGAUUUCUGAUCAGUUAAAGGCUACAGACUGCUCCAACUGCUGCCUGCAUGUUCCUGGUCCCAGAGGGUCCUAUAAAGCCUGGACAACAAAUGAAGCAGUCUGCUCUGUCUGGACUUGGUCAAUAUUCCAGUCUUUAGUGUUCCCAAGAAUAGCCCAUUGUCAGCAGGAAGUAUCAUGGAUGAUUUCAACAUCCCUUGUCACUCAUUUGCUAUCAACAAAAAGGCUGAGAUGUUAAGUUCUUUACCCAGGACAUAUAACUGAGGUGCUUAUUCAUCACAUCAAAGCUUGACCUGGCUACCAGGUUCUCCCAACUUCCCUCAGUCCCUACCUGCUACAGGGUAUGGUUGAACAAAGCCUACCCUCUACAUUGAACUCUCUACUCCAGGGGUUAGAUUGCCCUUAAAAAUGUUCUAUUACUUAUUGUAUAAAUUUUGCCCAUGAUCCUGAUAUGUAUAUUUUAAUGGCUCCAUAUAUACUUUUGUCAGUUAAUCUGGUAUGAGGAUCUUGCUGCGUGUAUAUUUAAACAGGUUGCUACUGUCCUCUCAAAGUUAAAAUGGUUUAUUAAUUGCUUUGAUUACAAUUUUGAAAUCUAUGUCAGCUUCUGUUACAGGUUUGGUUCAGCAGGUGCACACUGCUAAUCAGGUGAACUCUUUAUUUAGAAAUGUAUCAUUAACAUUGGUUAUUCAGGAAAGGAUUGACCAAGGAUUAACAGGUAGAGCUAAUGCUUUAGAAGAAACCAUUUUUCACAUGGGAACUCAGAUCCAAAAUAUUAAGAAAUGCUUAACCUCAUGUCAUGCUCACUAUAAAUGGAUUUGUGUUAUUCCUCUGCCUUACAGUAGAUCAGAGAUGUCCUGGGAGCAAGUUCAGCUCACCUAUAAGAUGUUUGAAAUAGUUGUCAGCUAUUAAUAAUCAAUAUGGAUAUUCUUCAUUCUCAGAUUAGUGUUAUUAGUCAUUCUAGGCUACAGAUAUCCUCUACAAAAGAGGUGGCUAGUUAGUUCACUAAUUCAGUCAAAAAUUUUGUUCAAAAUAACUCUUUAUGGAGUUUUAUUAGUUUGGGAAUCAUUGGAGGAUUAAUUAUUCUACUUCUAUUCCUUCUUCCAGUCAUCUUCAGAUGUUUAAGAUCCACAGUAUGCUCUGCCCAAAGUGAGAUUCACACACUUCAUUUAAUCAACACAAAAGGAAGAGAUGACCUUGUCCAUGUUUGAGGAACAGCAGGUGUCAAUUGACUUCAGAGUGUCAGCACACCAGGAGGAAAGUCUCUGAUGGGUGAAUUUUGGUAGGCAAGUCCCUGAGACCCCAGACCCCAGAGUGUCUUUUGCUUCUGCUGUGCCUUUACAUGUUUGCCCCUGCCAUCUUCCUUUGCUAUCUGUCAUGAUGUGAAUGAGUGUGGGGAGAUUCCCACUGCCUGUAAUGUAGUGUAUUUAUCUCAUGAAACAUCCCAUUCUACUGGGUAUUUUUAAAAAUUUUUCUUUAUUUAGAAAUUUUUUCAUUUUACAUACUAACCACAGGUACCCCUCCAUCCCCUUCUCCCACUCCCCCACACCUCCCUCUACCCCACCCUCAUCCAAUCCUCAUGGGGGUAAGGCCUCCCUUGGGUAAUCAACAUAGGUUGGCAUACCAACUUGGGGCAGGACCAAGCCCCCCCCUCCCCCCCCAUGAAUCAAGGCUGAGCAAGGCAUCCCACCAUAGGGAAUUAGCUCUAAAAAGCCUGUUCAGGGAUAAGCCCUGAUCCCACUGCCAGGGUCCCCACAAACAGAUGAAGCCACACACCUGUCACCCACAUGCAGAGGGCCUAGUUCAGUCCCAUGCAGGCUCCCCAGCUGUCAGUCCAGAGUCCAUGAGCUC